AUGGACCUUUUACAAGCUUGUCACCGCAUAGCUGCGCCUGCGGUGCCUGCUACACGCUACACGUUAACAAGAUGCCUUGCAACAAAUUCAAGGGAAAGACAACUUGGUCACAAUAAUGUUUGCUACGGCUAUGGUAGACCUGUUGCACAUGCAAGAAAACAAAGCAUUCCAGAAUUUAGUUCUCUCUAUAACCAUGUGGACCGAGUUCGGUAUAUCUUACGCUCAAAUAUAUUUGAUGGCGCCGAACUCGAACGGCUACGACGUGAGGCUGUUCCCUCAUCAAAUGAAAACGCUACGACUGAGGGUGCGGUGCCACAAGUUGCAGAACAACCCGCACACGUGGAUGCCGCCGAGAAUACCCCAGUGGUUGCUGAUUCAAAUGAUGAUGGAACAUUCACCCAGGAACUAGAAAUAGAGCAAAUGAGGAGUACAUUGGAAGAGGCGAUUAUGGAAACGCGCAGUACGCCUCUCGAAAAUCGACCGCGACUUCCCCGCAUAGCCCUAAGCAAGCGGAAUCGGGCUGUCGUGAGGGCUCUGAACCCAAUGCUGGUGACCUAUUUAGAAGCCAGCCGGGAACUUUGCGAGACGGACUCAAUUCUCUUUGGCGCCGCACUGGCAGUCUGCCGUAUUAUAGGCGCCAAACUUUCCACGGCGGGACGCACUACUGGACAAAGUAGUGCUAUCCCAGCCUGGAGAACAAGAAUUGAAGAACGUAUCGCAAAGGCUAGGGCCGUCAUCGGCAGACUGAUAUGCUUCAGCUCAGGCAAUACCAGGCCAAGGAUUGUGCGCACCGUCAGGAUGGCGUUUGCUGGGACAAAUGUUAGUUUGUCCCAGCCGGAUAUAAUGCAAAAACUGACGGAGCGCAUAGACGACCUGAAGCAGAGAAUCGCUGCUUGGGGAAAGCGAAUUCGGCGAUAUACCGAGAGGUCGACACGGUUCAACCAGAAUCGUCUCUUCCAGAGUGAUCAGAAGAGGCUCUAUAAAUCAUUGGAGCGACCAAUGGUAAGUGGAACGGGCCCAGUACCGAAUCAGGCCGACACGGUCGCAUUCUGGCGCAGCCUGUGGUCAGAGCCCGUAAACCACAACGAGGGCCCUUGGACGGAAGUUGUGGCGAGUCAGUGUGCGGGUAUUACGCCCAUGGACCCCGUCACCAUAACGCCGGAUGACGUAGCUGAGGCGGUCCGUAGGGCCCCCGAACUGGAAAAGUCCGGGACUCGACGGGCUGCAUCACUACUGGCUGAAGGGGUUCGUGGUGUGUCACACUGUGCUCGCCCGACAGUUUCAAGAGGUUCUCAACCAGAAGUCGCUCCCGAGCCUCUUCACUACUGGGAUCACCCAUUUGGUUCCUAA